ACCACUAUUUUACUGCUAAUCCAUUGUUUUAUACAACAUUCAGGUGCACUAAAUGGUGAACACAAGACAAUGAAUUCAAUACAGUUGUCUAUACUAUCCGAUGAAGAAUCAGAACCAGCCAUACAUGUGGUGGCAGAAGAACAGGGCAAAGCUAUACUUCCCUGUAAUGUCAGUCGACCUCUCAAUGAUUCAAUAGAUCUGAUACUAUGGUUCAGAGGAGACGCCGAAACGGCUUUAUAUUCAUUGGACGCCCGAAAAGCUAAUGGCAUUCAAAGGGCUAAACAUUUAGUAUCAGAUGAUCUCAGCUCACGUGCCUAUAUUGACAUCACCUCCAAGCCAACAGCACUUGUCGUCGAUUCAGUUAAGGCUACUGAUAUGGGAGAAUACAAGUGUAGAAUUGACUUCAGGAAGGGUCGUACCCAAUAUAGGACUGUCCAUUUGGAUGUAAUCGUGCCUCCUAAAGAAGUGAUAAUUAUGGAUGAAUAUGGCCAGAGAUUAAGGGAUCCGGUCGGUCCGUUCAAUGAGGGCGCCCACCUAACUAUUAUUUGCGAGGCCGAGGGAGGCAAACCGCGUCCAAGUGUUGUCUGGUAUAAGGAUUCAUCCGCUGAAUUGGUUGACGACUCCUAUAUGGUUACCCCACAGGGAAUCGUACGAAACGAAUUGGUUAUAACCCGAUUGUUACGUACGGAUCAUAGGUCUCAGCUGACAUGUCUGGCCUCUAACUCUAAUCUAACAAAAGCAGUCAUCACUGCCAGUAUAACAUUGGAGCUCAAUCUUCGUCCACUAGACGUACGAAUAACAACAAUUCAUCGGCCAUUGCUGGCCGACCAGCCGAUUGAAGUUGUAUGCGAAUCGGGCGGUUCCCGACCGCCAGCACUGGUCACCUGGUGGAAAGGAUCCAAACGAUUAGGCCAUUCAGGAUCGGUAGUAGCAGCCGAACAGUUGUCGGCAAACGAAAAUCUGACCACCAGUACCGUCCAAUUUGUACCGGCCGUCGAUGAUAAUGGCAAGAUAUUGUCGUGCAGGGCUGACCACUCGACACUACCCGAUUCGGCGCUAGAAGAUUCAUGGAUAUUGGAUAUAUAUUAUAAACCACGAUUGACUGUAUCAUACGGUGCCAGUAUACACCACGAUCAGCUCCGGGAGGGCUCCAAUGUAUCGUUUGAAUGUCACGUUAUGGCCAAUCCGCCCGUCGGUGAAAUCAGUUGGAAAUAUGACCAACAAAAACAACUAUUAAGCAAUAGUAUGCCUAAUGUCGAUAUAAUGGGUACAACACUAGUGUUAAGCGAUAUUAGGCGACAUAACUCUGGGAAAUACCGGUGCGUUGCGGCCAAUGCCGAGGGUGUCGGCGAAAGCGAUGAUAUUGUAUUGAAAACAUUAUAUGCACCGGUAUGUCGACCGGAUCAGCGUAUUAUAUACGGUGUCGGCAAACGUGAGCCCAUACAAGUGCCCUGCGAUGUCGAAGCAGAUCCACCGCAAGUGUCUUUCCGCUGGAGUUUUAACAAUAGCUACGAAGUGGUUGCUGUGAAAAAUUUUGUGACCACCAAAUUGCGAUCGGUGGCCACCUACGCUCCCCGUACUAAAUACGGUUACGGUGAACUGUAUUGUUGGGCCAGGAAUAAACUGGGCGAACAACUGGAACCGUGUGUCUAUCAGGUUAUACCCGCCGGACCGCCACAACCGGUCCGCAAUUGUCUGGUCGGUAAUCAGAGUACCGAUGGACUGGUUGUUAAGUGCGAACCGGGCGAUGACGGUGGGCUGGAACAGUCGUUUCAUUUGGAGAUAUACGAGUCGGAGGACGGUAGGCUACAGUCCAAUUGGACGUCCGUACAGCAGCAGCAGCAGGGGCAAGGGCAAGGGCAGGGGCAGCCCACCCGGCCCUACAAUAGCCCGGUGUUUGAGGUAACUGGGCUGCCUAUAGCUACCAGUUUUGUACUGGUUCUCUAUGCGGCCAAUGCUAAGGGCCGUUCAAAUUAUGUUACCCUAACCGGUGCCUCAGCUAAACAGCCGUUUAAGGAUGAGUUUACUUUAGGCACACUUCAAUUUGGUUUAAAACCUGUGAUAUAUAUAUUGAUAUCAGUCGUCGGCCUAUUGGUUAUAUUGGCGACAAUUAUAAUGAUUAUUACAAAAAUCAAGACAUUAGCUCAAAAUAAAGUUGGUCGACAUAAGUCACUACAAGGAGGUCCUCCUAACGGCAAGAUUAUGGGUACGACCACUACUACUACUAAUAGUAAUAGUAGUGAUGGCAGUGAUAAUGAUAAUGAUAUAAAUGCCGAUAAUAUAAAUGGCAGAAAUUGCGUCCAAAAUGGUGUUCAGAUGGGAACACUUUAUGUUAAGGCUUUCGAUGUUAUCGAUGGCAUUGAAGGCACACAUAUAACUGAUAAUGAUUUCAAUCAUCAUCUAAACAAUUGGGAUCACAAUAAUAUAAAUAGCGAUAAGUUUGACCAUAUUUUAGGCCAAACUGAGACAACAUUCAAUGAACCGCACGUCACCAUUGCCUACGAACAGCGACACACACCCGAAGGUGAUGCCUAUGUCGACAGGAUUACCGCCGAUUGGAUAACCAAUGGCCAGACAACACUUCUACAGCAACCGCUGCCGCCGCCGCCGCCGAUUAGUGACUAUAAAAAGCUCAAUAGAUAUCUAAUGCCAGCCAAUGGUUUAGUUGUCGGCGGUAUCGGCGAUCAUCAGACUAUUAUCAUGACUGACGAUGAAGUUAUAACCACUAAUGAGACGCCGCUAAUGAAUGGCAUAUAUUUUACGACAUCCUAUACGACAACAAAUACUCAUAAUACUGGAAGAGUAGGAUCAGCGACACAACUACAGCAUCAGCACCAACAACAACACCACAAAGUCCAGGGCUCGCCCACAAUGUCGACAACCCUGAGUACACCCGUAUGACAGUAACAGUCAGUCAGUUAGUCAGCCGGUGUGUGGGUGUAUGUGUGUUAAUUGGGAUACCGUUUAUCACAACAACAAAAACAACAACAAAAUGACAGAAUUUUCUACAGAAUAUUCUUGUAUUUGA